UUGUUAGAAUUAUGUAAACCAAUUAACGGGGGGAGGAGAGAGAGAGAGAGAGAGAGAGAGAGUCCUCUCCCUCCCUCCCUCACACACAUCUUCACGCCAUAUAUGACAUUACUCCACACUCUUCGACGUCUCUCUCGCUCUGCUCGUCUGACGCGCAGCUGCGCUCUCUCUCCCUUCUCUCUCUCCUCUCUCUCCCCUCUCUCUCCUGUCCCUCUCUGUUGUCUCACCUCUCUUCCUCUGGUGCGCAUUAUACGCACACGGUGCCAAGUGAAGCGCGUCUGCAGUAAAAAUCCACGAUUACUACUAGAAAAAAAGCAACAAAACAAUUAAUAUUUUCUACAUUUACUUUUGGACGUCGGUGAGCCAUACCUCACAUCAUUAACAUACAGACCAAGUGGUAUGGACUACGGACGCACCGGCUUUUUAUUCUGGCGUUUUAGUUCGUAAAACCCAAAUUAACAUCUUUGCUGCUUAAUCUGAAGUCGGAAAAACAAACCCACAUGGAUCUUGUUGUGAGAAAUGAGACGUUUACUUUCCUCGACUGCGUCGGAGCGAUGCGUAAAGAUAGCGCUGAUGGGAACGGAAGCUUGGAGACAUCCAACAUCACAUGUGGAAACAUUUUCCCUCUGCUAAUACCUGACCGCCUAAGACAAAAGGAUGACGACCACACUCUGAGGAUCCUGCUCUACUCGCUCAUCUUCUUCCUCAGCGUGUUUGGAAACCUGCUGAUCAUCGUAGUGCUGACCGUCAACAAGCGCAUGCGCACGGUGACCAACACUUUCCUGUUGUCCCUGGCCAUCAGCGACCUGAUGAUGGUGGUCUUCUGCAUGCCCUUCACCCUCAUCCCGAAUAUCCUCCAGGACUUCAUCUUUGGUGCCACCAUGUGCAAGAUCAUGUCCUACCUCAUGGGUAUUUCAGUCAGCAUAUCCACAUUCAGCCUGGUUGCCAUCGCAAUUGAGCGCUACAGCGCCAUCUGUAAUCCCCUGAAAUCACGGGUAUGGCAGACCAGAUCCCAUGCAUACCGAGUGAUUGCUGCCACAUGGGUGGUGGCCUUCAUUAUCAUGAUCCCUUAUCCAAUUGUCACCCACUUGAAAUCGUUUCAACGCUCUGAUAACACCACGGUACACCAGUGUCGUCACAGCUGGCCCCUCCCAGUGGCAGAGCAGACCUGGUACAUUCUGCUCCUGCUUGUGCUGUUUGCAAUCCCCGGGGUGGUGAUGAUUGUAGCUUAUGGACUGAUCUCCAGGGAACUUUACAAAGGCAUCCGGUUCGAGAUGGGCCAUAAAAAAGACUCUCCAGAUGUGAAGAAUGGCCUCAGCCCUACCAUGUCCAAUGGCAGUGAUGAUGGGGACGGUUGCUACGUUCACAAGGUCCAACGGCCACAUUCUGUGGAGAUGACCACCAUGGCUUCAUCGGGCAGAGUAGUUAAAGCUGAGCAGCUAAGAAGCAACACUUCUGAGGCCAAAUUUGAGGCUAAAAAGCGAGUCAUCCGUAUGCUGGUGAUUAUCGUGGUUCUCUUCUUUCUCUGCUGGAUGCCGCUUUACUGUGUCAACACAUGGCGAGCUUUUAAUAAAGCCUCUGCCAACCGUGCUCUCACAGGAACCCCGAUCGCGUUCAUUCACUUGUUGUCUUACACCUCGGCCUGCGUCAAUCCAAUCAUCUACUGCUUCAUGAACACGCGUUUCCGCAAAGCUGUUGUCGCCACAUUCUCAUGCUGCGCCGGCCCGUGUAACCGCCGCCGUUGUCGUGGGCUGCGGGACAACGAGGAAGACGUUAUAGCAACGGCGGCGUCCAUGUCUAAGUUCAGUUACACCACAGUCAGCACCACGGCGGCCUGCUGAGGAGUUUCAGAGACAACGCCUCGGAGCUGCCGACACAUGUCAUCAGUGGAGGUGACUUCCUUUGGUUCGCACCCCUGCUAAUGUGUGUGUUAUCCGAGUGCACAGUAUCAAGCUGAUAAGGAUACUCCUACUGUGGCCACCCCUAAACACAGGAGCAAAAGGUGAUUACCAGCCAGGAAUCUAAAACGUUGGAAAUGUGGCGCACAAGGACCGAGGUCGUGAAGAUGUGGAGCCCGAAGGUCUCUCCAAGAAUCUCUUUCUAUGAAGAUCGCCAUGCAUCAAAGAAAAUGGACACGGCCGCUCGGUGUAUUACCAGAACGAGGAAGAGGACGUAGUGUGUGAGAGUGAGAGAGUGUGCAGUGGAAGACACAGAGGCAGGGAUUAUAUGGAGAAAAAUAAAUGACUCAGAUAUGUUGACAGGACCUGAAGGCCCCACGGCAGUAAACAAAAACACAGACUUAUUGUGGUACUUAGGUGGGGACUAGGGGACGACAAAGAGGCGUUUCCAUGGGACUGCUGGUGUGUUCAUCUCUAACUGACGCAUUCCCUUAUCUCCUGCCAGGGGAGAAACAAACACUGGCAGCUCCAACUGAGGGGAGUUUCCCUGGAAGUGUUUGAGAUGCACGUAGAAACAACAGCGAUCUAAUUGAAUUUCAGGGUCAGAGCCACAUGAGUGCUGGGAGAGAGCCUUAAAGCCAAGCCACUUUUUUUAUUUAAAUUUUAAUCAAGGGCCAUGUACAAGGACCAUGUGCAUAGAAUUGAGAAUCUUUUCUAUUUUGUAUCCAUCUUCAGACUCAUUUUUAUGGCUAAUAUAAGGGAUAUUUUUAUUCUAUUUUUCCAAUAAAUUGGAGCUAUUUUUGGUUUGUGACUAACGUCUUCUUGUGCUAUUUGUUCAUUUCGUCUACAUUUGCAGUGAAUUUCUGUAGCAUAAUGGCAAUCUUUUAUAACAUUUUAUUUCAUUUUCUUAAAUUUGUAUCUAUUUUAGUCAACAAAAUAACUGGUUAUUACUAUCUGCUCUUUUUUUGGGGGGGGAGGGUGGUUCAGCUUUACGCACUGUUCCUUCUUCCCGAUUGCGAUUAGCAGAGUCUGUGUCCUAUUUUGUGAUGACUGCUGCCAUCUGAUACAUUACCUUGACCUAUCAUGUGUGUUUAAAGCUACUUUAGCACAUAAACGCCAGGAGAGAAAUUAAAUGGUGGCUUAACUGGAUAGUCCUGCAGAAACAGACAGUGACAGAGGAGAGGUGAUUGAAUUCACAGAGAGGCACUGGGAGGGGACAAACAGCGGGGAUCUGUGUGGACAGGUCUGUAAUUGAAGGGAAGGAAAGGACCUUAACCCAGAUCAGUAUCUAUCACUGCAGCUGCAAAACACAGAUCAACACCCAUAUAUUUUUCAGAAAAAAGGAGCGAGAGAGAAAACUGGGCCGGCAAAUGGGGAGAAAAUCCGCAGGGAGAAGGGAGAGAAGGAUGGGAGAGUGAUAAGGCGGCGGCAGAUACUGGACACAUGUGCAUGUGUGAUGUUUGUUUCACAGAACUCUGACACUGAUGGGAGAGAGACAAACAGGGAGAGGAUGUGAAAGUAACGGAGAGGGAGAAAGGACAUCAACAUGUUGAGACAGAGCCCUGGAGACACACCGCCAGAGAAGCAGAGAAUUAUGGGAGUGCAAAUUAAAUUACACCGGAAGGGACAGUCAGGUCUGGACCUGCAGGAAACACUGCACAUGGGGCUCCUUUGUGUGUGUGUGUGUGUGUGUGUGUGCCCUUAGGUACCAGAGAGAUAGCUUUUGUAACUGCUAUAUUUUUUCUUUUAUAUGUAUUUAGUAGAAAUACAGGAAAUGUAGACCGAUCACAGAAAGAGUUAAAAGUGUUUUUUUUUAGGAAUGACAAAGAAAAAAGGCUGGUGCUCCAACGACCGGUGUUGUGUUAUGAAGCUGCAGCAGAUUUUUAAGGGGGUAGUCAAAGAUGCAGCCUUCGACACCCUCUGUUACUGUAUAUCACAUGUACAUUAUGGAUGCAGUACACUUGGUCAGAGUGGUUAGGCAGAUUCAGGAAAACCAGUGAAUCACGACAGGGUCAGGUGUUUGGACAGUCUUUCUGAUGGUUGAUUCACCUUCUACUGGCUCUGCAGCAUGUGCAGUGAACACUGCAGAAAAGCUGCAGCUUUACCACUGACCAACAGCUGUGAGGAGACCACUGGGGCUACCAUGUUCAACAGGUUCUUCCUCAAAAGGUUAAAACUGAAUUCUUGGCAACAGUAAUACAAAGGCUACAACACCGUGAAUCCAGAAAUGUUCAGCUGAAGGCUCUGGAUGUAGAUACGGAGCUGGACACGUCCAAAAACAUGUCUGCAGGCGUUGAAAUAAACUCAGGCUGUCAGGGGUUGAUUGCAAAUGUUUUUAUACUUUACUAUUGUGCAAAUUUGAAACCAAAAUCUGUGAAUUUGGGAACAUUCUCCAUCUUUAAAGAGAGCUACACCCUUAUGAACUUUUUAUGAAAAGAAGUUGUACAUAAAGACAACUUAAUCAAACUUAAUCUUGAUUAAAAUAU